GCUGAGAGUGGCGCGUUCGAUACGUUUUCAUUGUGUCUCGUCGAUAUAGAUUCCGGGCUAUCAAAAGACGUGACAUAAAAGUUUUCAAACGUGCUUCAAAAUUCAAACGAUUUCAAGUCUCCAAACAUAAUUUGUGAAGUUUUCAAUGAUAUUAACUUAACGUUAAUACCAAAAUUCUCAAGUUUUCAACCAAAGGGUUUCAAACAUUAAUUCGGGUUCUCAAUAAUGGCAACCGGCGGUAGGCCGGAUGACCAACAUCAGGCAAUGAUUAGCAAUGCUCCUGGCAGUUUUAAUGAAUUUAAAACUCAUCUAGAUGUUUGCAGGAGUUCCAGUGACGUUAGCGACGUGAGUUCUUCAGCGUCAUCGACUUUCUCCGUCCGGAAUGCAAGAGUGAAGUUGGAGCUGGCACGCCUAAAGGCCCGUCAAGAAGAACUCUCAGCUUUAGAAAACGACUUGCGUAAGCUUCGGACAAGACACGCUUUACAGGCUGCUGAAACAGAAUCAAAGGUUUGGGAAAUGAGCGAUGACGAAUUUUUUCGCUGUGCCAGGGCGAAGCGAAAAAUGCCAUUGAUCAUUGCUCAAUGAUGGAACCGAG